CUUGGGUCGGCAAAGAAAGUCAAUGUCAACUUCCAAGACACUGAUGGGUUCUCGGCCCUGCACCACGCUGCUCUCAAUGGGAACACAGAGCUCAUCUCACUGCUGCUGGAGGCCCAGGCCGCUGUGGACAUCAAGGACAAUAAAGGGAUGCGGCCCCUGCACUACGCUGCCUGGCAAGGCAAGAAGGAGCCCAUGAAAAUGGUGCUGAAAGCCGGGUCGGCCGUGAACGUCCAGUCGGACGAGGGGCAGAUCCCCCUGCACCUGGCGGCGCAGCACGGGCACUAUGACGUGUCGGAGAUGCUGCUCCAGCACCAGUCCAAUCCGUGCAUCAUGGACAAUUGCGGGAAGACGCCCCUGGACUUGGCGUGUGAGUUUGGCCGGGUCGGGGUGGUCCAGCUGCUUCUGAGUAGCAACAUGUGCACAGCCCUGCUGGAGCCCAAGCCGGGAGACACCACCGACCCCAACGGCACCAGCCCCCUGCACCUGGCAGCCAAGAACGGGCACAUCGACAUCAUCAGGCUCCUGCUGCAGGCUGGCAUUGACAUCAACCGGCAAACCAAGGCGGGCACGGCCCUGCACGAGGCAGCCCUGUGCGGCAAGACGGACGUGGUGCGCCUCCUGCUGGACAGCGGGAUCAACGCCCAUAUCCGGAACACGUACAGCCAGACGGCGCUGGACAUCGUCCACCAGUUCACCGCCACCCAAGCCAGCAAGGAGAUCAAGCAGAUGCUGCGGGACGCCUCGGCGGCGCUGCAGGUCAGGGCCGUUAAAGAUUAUUGCAACAACUACGACCUGACCAGCCUGAACGUGAAAGCCGGGGACGUCAUCACCGUUCUGGAGCAGCAUGCGGACGGCAGGUGGAAGGGCUGUAUCCAUGACAACCGGACCGGCAAUGACCGCGUGGGCUAUUUCCCAUCCAGCCUGGUGGAAGCGAUCAGCAAGCGCACAGCAGGUCCGUGGGGCGCAGUCACCAUUCCCCACCACUACCAAAAGAUCCCGCUCCCAGCGCCCAGGGCGGCUGUGCUUAACGGUGACUCCUCGUCCCAUCCGUUCCAUUUCUUGCCUCCACCUCCACCUCCUCCACCACAUUCCCAUCAGCCUCUUUUCAGUUCCUUUGGCUAUCACAGGCUCUCCCAUAGCACUGCAGAGGAGCUGCCUUAUGGACCAGGUUCCCGAGGGUCCGACAGCCCGUCGCAUCUGUCGCCGUCGCAGGGCGGAUCCGCUGCCACGCCGGCUCCGGUGGAAGAGAUCUGGGUGCUGCGCAAACCCUUUGCAGGUGGGGACCGCAGCAGCCUGGGGAGCACAGGAAGCGUGGCCAGUGCCCGGAGCUCGGGGAGCGGGCAGAGUACGGGAAGUGGCAGCCAUGCCCUGCAUGCUGGCUCCGAAGGGGUCAAGCUGCUGGCGACGGUCCUGUCCCAGAAGGCGUCGGUGCAAGAGUCUGUGGUGGGUGAUGGGCCGGGCAAGGCCCUGGAGGCUCCUGCAGGUUCGUCUCGGACUCAGAGCCUGGCCAGCUCUCCCUACGCCGGGCAGCCACCCGCUGAGCAGCAGCUGAAGAAGAUCGAGCCGAUGUCAGAAGGGAAGAGCUCCGAGGCCGUGUACCAGUGGCUCUGCAAGUUCCAGCUGCAGCUGUACGCGGCCAACUUCAUCAACGCCGGGUACGACAUCCCCACCAUCAGCCGGAUGACGCCAGAGGACCUCACCGCCAUCGGCGUGACGAAACCCGGACACAGGAAGAAGAUCACCUCGGAGAUCAACAGCCUGAACAUCCCCGAGUGGCUUCCGGAGUACAAGCCGGCCAACCUGGCUCUCUGGCUCUCCAUGAUCGGCCUGGCCCAGUACUACAAAGUCCUGGUGGAGAACGGCUACGAGAACAUCGACUUCAUCACGGACAUCACGUGGGAGGAUCUGCAGGAGAUCGGGAUCACGAAGCUGGGCCACCAGAAGAAGCUGAUGCUGGCGGUGAAGAAGCUGGCAGAAAUCCAGAAGGCCGAGUACGUCAAGUACGAGUCGGGGACCCUGAAGAAGAAAGCGCCCCAGUCUCUGGACGUGCUGGCCAUCGAGUCCCCCCAGCAGGAGAACGCCGAGUGCCAGUCUCCCAAGAUGACCACCUUCCAGGACAGCGAGCUGAGCAACGAACUGCAGGUGGCCCUCACGGGCACGGGCGAGGCACCCGAGGGCCAGGAGAAGCAGGCGAACCACGUGGCACAUAUCCGGGACGGAGCAGGCUACCGGGGCCCCUCCUCCAGGCACGUGCAUGAGAACAGCCUGAGCGGCCGGGCCAAGCACAUAAGCAGCUCCCAGGAGCUGCUGGGGGACGGGCCCAAGGGGCCGAGCGCAGCCAUGUCCAAGAGCCAGGAGUACCUGAUGGAGGAGGUGAAGGAGGGGCUCCCCAGCAUGCCCAAGGAGGUCAGGCCCAUGCGGCACGGGCACACCGUCAAGAGAGCUAGCGUGCCCCCGGUGCCAGGCAAGCCCAGGCAGUCAUUCCCCCCGGCCGGAGGGCGCUUCACCCCACCGCAGACGCCCACCAAGCCGCGGCCGUCCUCGCCCCAGACGCUCAUCGUGCCCCACGCCACGGCCAAGGUCAAGCCCACGCCGCAGCUCCUCCAGCAGGCUGACCGCCCCAUGUCGCCCCGGUCCCUGCCUCAGUCCCCCACCCACAGAGGCUUUGCCUACGUCAUGCCGCAGCCCGUGGAGGGCGAAAGCCUCGCCGGGCACCCACCGGGCCCCGUGGCACAAGGAGUCCCAGUCCUGCCGGUCUCGGUGCCCGUGCUGUGCCUGCCGCCGCAGAGCGGGGAGGCAGAGGAGGAGCUGGGCAGGCCGAAGAAGCGUGCGCACAGCCUGAACCGCUACGCCAUGUCCGACAGCGAGCAGGAACGGGAUGAGCUGCUGGUGCCGGACGCCGGGCCCUACGCCACAGUGCAGCGGCGGGUGGGCAGGAGCCAUUCGGUGCGGGCACAGUCGGGCGGAGACAAGAAUGUCAACCGCAGCCAGUCUUUCGCCGUCAGGCCCAAGAAGAAGGGGCCGCCCCCGCCGCCCCCCAAGCGCUCCAGCUCUGCCAUCUCCAGCACCAACAUGGCCGACGACUUCAGCAAGGAGGGGGAAGGGGACGCGCCCGGCGGGGAGGAUGAGGAGGGGCAGGAGAGUUACCGGGAGCAGCGGCGUGCGAGCGACGUGGGGGGCAGCGUGGACACAGGCAGCGCGGGCAGCGUGAAGAGCAUCGCCGCCAUGCUGGAGAUGUCCUCUAUUGGCGGGGGCGCCCGGGCGCUGGCCCUGCAGAAGCCUCACCCAGGAGGAGGAGGGAAGGGACCCGAAGGCUACUAUCUGCACCCUGCUGGCGCCAUGCACCUGGCCAGCCCGGAGCAUUCCCGCGUGGCCGCCGUCCUGGCCACUGUGAAGCACAAAGACGCCAUCGGCCUGGACGGGGAGGUGGUGAACCGGCGCAGGACCAUCAGCGGCCCCGUGACCGGCCUCAUCGCGGCCGCCCGCAGGGAGCGCUCUGACAGCAUCAGGUCGGACACGGGCAAGGACGGCGGCCCGGUGGAGCGGCUGCGGGCGGAGCACGGGGGCUCCCCCCAGAACAGCUCGGCCGAGAACAUCCCCUUCGCCGAGGAUGGGAACCUGACCAUCAAGCAGCGGCCCCGGCAGAUGGGGCUGGCCAAGGGCGAGGCAGGGGACGGGCUGUCGCCUGCUCACCGGCACGGGGACCUGGCCAAGGUGGAGGCCAGCGCCACACUCAAGAGGAGGAUCCGGGCCAAACAGAGCCAGCAGGACAGCGUCAAGUUCAUCCUGACCGAGUCGGACACAGUCAAGCGACGGCCCAAGUCCAAAGACAAGGAGCAGGGGCUGGAGCCAGCCCCCCUCUCCGUCUACCAGAACGGCACCAGCACCAUCAAGCGGAGGCCGGCGUCUGAGAUGAGCGGUGCAGAGACGCCCCCGCAGGGCCCUGCCGCAGGCGACAGGCAGGACAGGCUGGAGCAUGUGCCGCAGGCUGUGGGCGGGGAACCCAAAAAGCCCUUCAAGCCGCCGGUCUCUCCCAAGCCCGUGUUAACCCCACAAGCACAGAAGGUCCCCGGGCCGCCCACACCCACUUCCAAAAAGGCACCGAUCCCCAGCCCCGGCAGCCCAGGUAGCUCUGCCGCAGAAGCCAAGAGCACAGUCAGCAUUCUGGACGACAUCGGCAGCAUGUUCGACGACCUGGCCGACCAGCUGGACGCCAUGCUGGAAUGAGGCCCGAGGAGAACCCCAGCUAACCUCAGGAUUUACCGUGGGUACAAGGGCACAACGAUCCACCGACUCCCAGCCCCCCCUCCCUGCCCCUUGUACAGCCUGCCCCCCCUCGGCGAACAGCCCAUCCUUCGGGGUUUGCACAAAGAAGAAAAGAUUACCUCAGGAUUGUGCUCACACAGCCCGCGGCGCUCGGGGCAGGCUUUUGGCGGGAGGGGGUUUGCAGAAGCAAACAAACAAAAAGCCUUGUUACGGUUUUUUUCCUACCGAAGUAGCAAGCGACCGUGGGAUAAAGGCGCCCAUAAUGCCGUCUAAACCCAACUGCCAGGCCGAGAAGGCAGUGGAGUGGGGCUCGUCCCCUGACUCGCCUCUCCAGGCCAAACCCGAAAUCCAGCGAGAAUGGUUCUGUUCCGGUUGUGCCGUGUAGCUGAACUUCCACCUUUUUAGUUUGACCCGAUCGUCCUCUCUCUCGCCGGACUCCCAGAUGUGACAGUUCUGUGUGUAGCCAAACGUGGCCCAAUCCGUCUGCUUUCCUCCCCGUUCGGUUUGGGUUAGACUCUCGUUCUGGUGACGCUGUGUUGCUAUCGUUUCUCGACCGAGCACUGCCAUUAUCCCGUGUGCCGCCGUCUGCGUUCCCAUGCCCCCGUCUGCUGAUGUUGGGAGACGCUAGGAGUGGUGGGCCGGGGCCGCCCGCUGUGGGUGCCAGGGUGGGCGCUUGCCCGCUGGCGUUCGGUUAGCUGCAUGCUUUGUUUUAUUCGGAAGGUGUUUGUUUGUUCUUUCCUGGUGCUGAGAAGCUGUGACCGUGAGACGUUGUUCUGGUGACAAGUCCGGUUUGACCAAUUAGCUCUUUCAUUUUUAAAAAAUUAUUAUUUUUUCUGUGUUCUGGUUACUUUGGGGGCCGUCUUGCCGGGGGAGCAGCGCUGUGCGCCGGCACCGUGAGAAAGCUUUGUAGGUUUGCAUGCUCGAGACAGUGUUAUGAGAAGAAAAGAAAAAUAUAGAAAAUAGCCCCCUCCCUCCCACAUGCCACUCCCUGCUGGGGGCGGCUCCUGGCGGCUGCCCGGGGAGGUGGGGCCCGGGUGGCUUUCACUGCACAGAAAGGGCUGUUGGAAAUCUGAGCACGGCCCCAUCACCUUGCCCCUUUCUCCACUCAGCCACUUGGCUUCCAAAGACUUUGUCCUUGACUUGGACUAUUCAGCCUUUAAUGCCCAUCCUCACCCCGCUCCUCUGCUGGAGCGACAGCCAGUCCCAGGCUCGCUGGCCGUCAGGGGCCUGGUUGUGCUCUGUGGAAGCCCCUGGCAGCAGGCUGGGGGCCCCGGAGGGCGGUCUCCAUUGAAAGGGAUGCUUGCGUGCGUUCGGCCCCAACGGGGUGGUGUCCCCGGAGCAGUGGGCCUGCGGGGGAUUCGGUGUGAGCUGGGCUGUGGAGGGGGUGAGCAGUGGUGGGGCUCUCAGC